AAACCCUAACCCUAGACUGCCCACCUCCAAUAUCUCCCGAACCCUAACCCUAAUCGAUCAAAAUGCCGGCGGGCCACGGUCUCCGAUCUCGGACUCGCGACCUCUUCGCACGCGCCUUCAGAAAGAAGGGCUACAUCCCGUUGACGACGUACCUUCGCACGUACAAGAUCGGCGACUACGUCGACGUUAAAGUUAACGGCGCCGUCCACAAGGGGAUGCCUCACAAGUUCUACCACGGGCGAACUGGGAAAGUCUGGAAUGUGACCAAGCGCGCCAUCGGAGUUGAGAUCAACAAGCAGGUGGGCAACAGAAUCAUCAGGAAACGUAUCCAUGUGCGUGUGGAGCACGUGCAGCCAUCAAGGUGCACCGAGGACUUCCGUCUGAGGAAGAUCAAGAACGACAAGCUGAAGGCCGAGGCCAAGGCUCGCGGCGAGACCAUCAGCACCAAGAGGCAAGCCACUCUGGAGACUGUUACUCCCAUUCCUUAUGAUGUGGUCAAUGAUCUUAAGGGGGGUUACUAGAUCGUGAUAGAGCAUAGAUUUGCUUUGGUGCUGUUUUUAUCUUUUGUCGUAGUUGUUUGGGAUGCUUCUAUUUUGCCAAAUUUUGAUACCUUAAGACUAAACUUGCUGCUAUGUUAAGUUUUGGAUGUUUAGUUUUAAAGUUUGUUGCUGAAAUGAGAAAAUGCUAUUUGCAAGACAAUAUGUCUGUACAUCUGUGUGCAUUGGCUCACCAUGCAAUAAUAUAUUGGUAAUGUUUAGAA